AUGCGGGCUGGCGCGACCAAAUGGGCUACGCCCUGUUUGGAGGACAAGUUAAAUGGGCAGACAGCUAUUGGGAUCAAAAGAAUGGGAGAACUUGACGAGAAGCCAUUUCAAAAUGCAUGUAAGAGAAAAUAUGGAAACAUUGAUUACCAGACCAAAGCUGCAGAGCUGGUAUCAAGUUGGCAGGAUGAAUUGAAGAAUCCAUCCUGGCAUCCUUUUCUGGUUGUUCAGGUUAAUGGAGAGCAUAAGGAAGUUCUAGACGACGAUGAUGCAAAACUGAAGCUCCUGCGGUUCGAGUACGGCGACGAUGUGUGCAACGCAGUGAAGACCGCGCUGAUGGAGAUAAACAUAUACAACCCCAGUGAGCGGGAUCUAGUGCCCGAGUUCUGGAACUUCAGGAAAGGCCGGAAGGCGACGAUAAAGGAGGUGCUCUACCUGUUGGGACAUAUGGAGAUGACGACCAAGCGCAGGAGGGGCUGAGGCACCCUGGUCUGCGUGAUCACCAAGCGCAAUUGGUACCGUUGUGGGAGCCCACGCUGCUGGAUCCCCUCCUGACAUAGGAGAUCUAUCCUCUGCGUUCCUUUGCGUAUGAACAUUACAAGCAUAUGUGGCAUUUGCAUGUGGUGCUGUUGCCGCUUCCGUCCUAAAAAGUAAAAACUGAUGUGAUCUGCCAACUGAACGAUACCAAUCAGUGGCUUUUGUGCUCUUCUUAGGUGUCUGUAUAUUUGCAGGUGUACAUAUGUAGUAGUGCAAGUGCUAACAAGCUUGACUGUCUCUUGGCAUGCGCAAUCGGUUAAUCAUGCUGUCAAUUUUCAGCAUCUAUUUGUACCGUAAUAUAGCUAGCUACCUGGUGUUGAUUUGAUGAUGCUCAUUUGUACUGGGCCAGCAAUAAUGUUAUGGUCUUAUGGAUACC